CGACACUAAAUAUAGCGUAGUAGGUUUCGUAGUGUGUUGACUCGUUUAAAGUCUUCCAUUCUCCCUAAUCACUCCUGCAUUGUAACACCAUAAGAUGGCCCAGGGAUAUACAGCCAGAAACAACGGAUUUAGAGGACGUGCUCGACUCGACCCUUACGGAGAAGGAGAAUUUAAUGAUGUCUUUCGCGUGGGAAAAGCAGACAGAUACAAAGGAGCGCCUCCCGAGAUGAAGACUCCCCUCGUGGUCGGUGGUUAUUCCGUCGACUGUGAUAGAAAGAUCAUUCACGACCGCUCAAAGCUGAAGUUUCUCAACAAAGCAUUCUUACCGGAAGAACCAAUGGAUGUGGAACUUGACCUCAAGGAAGGUUUGGAAAAAGCUAUUGAUUACCAAGGGAAUUCACAAGAAAGUUUCGAAAAUCUUCUGCGGUGGGUUUUGAGGAACCAGCUUUCUUUGGUCCAUGAAAAGUCUUCUCAGAGGUUAUCAAUUGACAUCUUGUGCUUCCGAGGAACACUGAAAAAAAUUUGCGCAAGUCCUUACAAACCAAAUAAUCCCUGGACUAUAUAUGUUGCAGAGAUUAAGGGAUCGCUCUACAUCACCCCAGCAGUCUCGGAGACACAACCUCAUCCAGCGGACAAAACCAAUCUUUGGGGCAAUAAAUUCGAGCAGUACUUAAAGGGAGACCCAGACGACAUCUUGAAUGCAAACGAAGAGUAUCGCUCCGUGUUGCAGCUGAGCGUCGGAGGUUUUUCGCUGCUCUACUCUCCCGAAAUCGACUGCGCCGACGCAGAUGCCUACCGGGAGGACCAUAAGGACAUGAGUGCUUUCGUGCUUAUCAAGUGUCUUAAAGAUUGUGCAAGAACCAAUUAUUAUUAUCAAAGGAGCCGCCGCAUGAAAGGACACGUUCGUCAGACGGAGGAGAGAGACACGGCAGACAGGCCACAUCACACAGGGUGCAGCUCCACAACCUCGACCACGGGGACAUGGGGUAUCUUGGGGGUCUCAUAUCUGUCUUUAACAAUAAACCAGCAAGCUAAGGCCCCUUUCAUUGAAACGCCCAAGACCAUCUGACGUGUCGUUCAUAUU